AUGGCCACUCUGGCAUCAGGAUUACUUCACGUACAGCCAAGAUCUCAAUAUCCUCCACCACCACCUCUGCCACCGGGCUACUUCGACUACCUUCCUAGAUUCGUCGUGUUCCCGAAACUCCCUCUAGAAGUCCAUGAGAUUAUUUGGAAGCUAUGUCUACCAUUUCCGCAUGUAUUUCAUGCCUCCGGUAACAUAUUCUGCGAUCCUUUCGAAGAACGUCACAUCGUGACCUUCAGUGUUCUACCCGUCGACUCGAGUCCAGAGCCAACGCCAGAUGGCUGUGAAACAUACAAAUCUCGUGUACUAUCAAUGUCCAGAGCAUGCAAGGAGUCAAGAGCAGUUUACCUGAAGGCAUUUCCUAUCUCUUCACCCGUCGAAAUGUUCUGGGACGCCGACAAACUCUUCAACGCCAAGAAUAGGGGUCUCAUCAAGUCUCGACUCUAUUUGUCACAGGAAGACAGAUUAUUCAUGGUCAACAUGGAGGAACUUGUCGCCAAUCCAUGGUUUGGAGAAGCUCUGGGCUUGGAGGAAUGGACGGCAGCCAUUACUACUCGGUACCGGCUUGCCACCUCAAUGAUGUUCGCGCCAAUUAUGUCGGUAGAGGAGGCUUUCCAUGCUCUAAUGUGGAGCUUGUUCAAAGCAUUCCCAAACUUGAAGGAGUUUAAAGGGGUUGUACUAGAUGGCCCAUGGUACUCGGCAUUGGAGGACGCGCUGCUUGAAGAAGACCGAAGUAACCUGAAAUCGCUCAGAUGUGAAUUGAAGGGCGUCAAGUCGAUACAUGGUUGA